AUGCAUCAAUUUGUAGACACUAUUUUGCAUACAAGCCCUCGAGUUUUCCACCUUCAACCUGCGAUCCACCCUUAUCCUGAGACACACCGCACUCCACUAGUCUGCGCUCCCCAAGGACGCAUCUCUCCUCCAUCCCGUUUCUGUCUCGAUAUAUCUUCUUUCUCUCUCCCAACGCAUCUCCCCACAGCUUCGGCGUCUCCGCCUCACGCCCAGGAACCGCAUCGCCCCCACGAACCACGACCCCAUGCCGGCACGUGCGUGCAUUGGUUGUAUGAUGCGCGACGCUCCGUCGAGCUCGCCUGCCCGUGUGUUGGCCGGCGGAGGGGAGAGCUGACCAGAGUCCUCCGCCACUGGCCGCCCCAGUUUUCUUCCCCGGUCCAGAACCCAGCUCCCCGCGCGCGACCACCACCACGAGGAGGCCGAGGCCGACAAGGCAGGGUCUCGCCCAGCGUGGUGACCUUCACAUCCAAAGUGUUCUCUUGUGGAGGAGCAGGGGUCGUGCUGGGAAGGAUAGCGCCGGAGAGAAACCCCUCCAGUGAUUCUGUCUGUUGCGGUUCGACCGACGAGCUGGCCGAGCAGGAGCAGGGGUUCGGGGAUGCCCUCCGCGCCGACAUGGCAGCAAGAUGUUCGUGCAACUGAGAUUGCAAACCUAAAACAGCGAUGGCGGGUUGCUGUGAGCGAUGGCGGGUUGCUGCGACAAUUAAAAGAACGGCGAUGCACUACCGAUUUUUAGAGCAUCUCUAGCAGACCCCGUAAAAGUCGAACAUGAAAAACGCGUUUACAGUUUGCUGCAGAUCAGAUUUGCGGGGCGAAUUCGUGCGCUGCAGAUCAGACCUUGCAUAUGAAACUGUAAAAUUUGAAGAAAAAAAUAUAUCCACGGGAGAAACUUGCAACGA